CGCCAACGUGAUCGGGUGACGAGGGAACUAAGAGUCAAUGCAUUCUCUCAUCUCUCUGGUACUUCCGCAUCGCCUACCAUGACCACUACCAUGGCCUCCACCGUGUCACCUUACCUGCGACGCGACGAGUACAUCGACCUACAGAACCGUCAAGCGGAACUCCUAAAGCAUGAAUUUGAUGCCGUUCGCCGAUCACACGGCCACCUCGGAAUUGAGACAAAGGACGUAAAGGACGACAUCAAGGAACUCAAAUUGUCUAUAUUAGAAAUCAAGGCCGAUCGUAUACAGUCAAAUGCUUUCCAGAGGAACGCGUCUUUGCGCAAUCCAGUUACGCCUAUUCGUCCACUCGUUGCCUUUCACCCCGACGGAGGCAUCAUCCAACCCGAUUCUAACAUCUUUCCGCGAUUUAUAGACGACUUCUACGCGCUUCGAACUCUAUCCAACCAUGAUCAAUAUCGCACAUUAGUGUAUCUUGCCGACUUCUACGAUAUUCCUCUUACUCCAUUACAUACUUCCGAUGGCGACAAUGAACACGAUCCUAGACGUGUCGUUGACUCGUUAGAGGCGAUCUUAGGUCUUAACGAGGACAACAUUGAAGCUUUCCGCCAGAGAUUCCGGCACUACGACGACCAACCUCGCCAACUAUCAAACGUUCGCAGCUUCACCCCUCCGAAGGCGCUCCCUACCCAAUUCGACCGAAGCGUGACCAGGAGUACCGCGAUUCAAGAGAACCUGGCUCGGCCCCAGUCCAUAGCGAAACUUCCGAAGACAGGACAAGGCUCAAAUGGGGACCUCGCGAUACUCCGUCUCCUCAACGUCCUACUGUUAAUAAUCUUUGGGCAAGAGCAAGACCACAAGACGCGCUAAAGGGUGGUAAUCCAUCAUCUGAAGCAGGCAGUAAGACCAAUCCAUUUACAAGUUCGCGAGAGCCAUCCGGACACAGAACUCGGGACGAAGCAUCAGUAGAACGGUGAUUUGCAAUAAGCCGCAAUAUACAGCUCCAUCCUACAUGAGGUGCGCUCCGGCAGUCAUUGAGGCAGAGAGCAGACUUCGUGAUCCGCUUGUAGAUACGUGGUCUGCCGCAUUGGCCCGUUUUCACUCCGUCUCAAAGACAGGUUAGCCUAUGCUUUCGCGCUUCCCGGUUCCGCGACAGAGCCCUGAGUCUUCGA